UUCUUUCUCGAACCAGGCGCUUAACCAAUCUUGACGCGAUGCCGCUAGAUAGCACUUUUAGCUCGUAUUUCUUGAUUUAACCUGUGUUUUUUUAAUUUCAUGAAUUAUCUUUUAAUUAGCAGAAUCUCAAGAACAGGAUCGAUUCAUGGGUUGAACAUCAUCAAUUCCUACCACUGACCCAUUAGGCCCAUUUGAUUUACAUAGGAAUAACAAAUAUUCACAACAUAUAACCGUGAUUGUCAAAAAACUCUCACGACUUAAGGACAGCUGAUAUGUGUACAUAUAUGUGGAUGAUUUAGAUUCUCGACGUAAUAAUGAGUCAAUUUAUUACAGUACAAGUUGGCCAAUGUGGCAAUCAAAUAGGAUCAGCUUUCUGGCCUUUGGCUCUACAUGAAUAUGGCAUUCAGACUACUACUGCUAAUGUUAAUUUACUCAAAGUACAACGAACUCAUGUCAAACGCAUCAAGGAUUUGUCCGACGAGUUUUCUAGUUUUUUCCAUGUCCCAGGUAAUGCUGAUAGCAUGCAUUUUCAAAAUGUAGCUGAAUUGAAUGCAGCUAAAGUCAGAGCCAGGAGUAUUCUGAUAGAUAUGGAGGACAGUGUCGUGUCUAGAUUUAAACAAGGUCCAUUGCGUCAGUUAUUUGAUCAAACCUGUAUUGUAACAAAUUACCCAGGAUCUGGAAACAAUUGGGCGGUAGGAUAUCACGUUCACUGCAGGAAGUACCGUGACCGUUUGGAGGAAAGCAUAAGACACACGGUUGAAAAAUGCGAUCGACUUCACGGAUUUUUACUAAUGCAUUCUUUAGGAGGUGGUACCGGGUCCGGAUUAGGUACAGCAAUUUUAAAACUGCUGGAGGAUAAUUACCCUCGCGUGGAGAGGCUUGUGUCUUGCGUGUAUCCAGCAAAUGCUCAAGAUGUUGUAACGGCACCUUAUAACACUUUACUUGCGACCCGAGAGCUCGUGGAGCAUGCCACAUGCGUGUUUCCCAUAGAGAACAAAGCGCUCUUGGAUAUAUGUAAUGCGCAAAUGAACAAAGGAGAAAAUACCAGUCAAAUAAAUUAUAAUACAUCGUGUAAACCGUUUCAAGAUAUGAACAGUAUUAUUGUCAAUAUGCUUUUGCACCUGACCAGCGGAUCUAGAUUUCCAGGAAGUUUAAACAUGGACAUGAACGAAGUGGCUACAAAUUUGGUGCCCUACCCGAAAUUACAUUAUAUAUUUAGUAGUAUCAGCCCUGUAACUUUAGCUGCUCCAAAUGUGUGCAACAUACAAGAGACGAGAUUGCAGGAUGAACUGUUCACUAACGCGUGGUCACGAAAUAAUCAAUUAAUCAAACUGGAUCCUCUACAACAUACCUCCGUGAUUCUUGCCGCCGCACAUAUUGCGAGGGGGAAUACCACUUUGACUGACAUGAAAAGAAAUAUCGAAAGGUUUCAAAAUAAAGCAAAAUUUACUUCAUGGAGUAGGGACUGCAUGAAAAUAGGAUUAUGUUCUAUUCCUCCAGCGGGACAUUCCUCGUCAUUACUAUGUCUACUUAAUUCGUCUACUAUGUCUUUAUUAUUCAAAGAUAUAGUACAAGAAUUUUCCAGAUUGUACAGGAAAAAGGCACACGUUCACCACUAUACGCAGGUACAUGGAUUUGACGAGGCACAUUUCGACGAGAGCAAAGAAUACAUCCUCGAUCUACGUGAACGUUAUAUGCAAAUACGAAGUAUGGAAGAAACGGACAUUUCUAGAUUACGAGUAAUUUAACAAGUUCGUAAGAACUCGGAAAAGCACACGUGUGUGUCUUGUACCGUUUGCAUGCAUGACGGAAAAUUGUCGAUAUUUAUUUUCAAUAUUUAUUAAUUUUCUUAUGUAUAUAUGUACAACAUAAUUCUAAUUUAAUAAAAAUAGUAGCUUUAAAGACCAGUGUAACAAAAUAUUAUUAAUACAGAACUAAAUAUAUCUGUGGCGCGAAUUUCAUAAACGAAACUUUGUUAGAGCAUUAUUCGUGUC